AUGUCUGUGGCAGACUCACAGUCGGACUACUUUGACGAUGAUGACUUCGUUAUUCCCGACUAUGAUUCCGAUGAUUUGCCCACCUCUCGACCGACCAAGCGUCAACGUGUGGAACAUCCGAUUGGAUCCAAUGAAAUUAAUCACAUUGUUACCUCUGACAUGGAAGACAAUGUGAUAAGCGAGCCUGAAUCACCAGAAAAUCACGAGAAGCAACAAUCGCGAAAAUCCCGAAGCUUUGUCACCAAACACAGCAACAUUCAGGAGAACAUAUUUGUCACACAAUUGACGCAACCCUUCUCUAGCCCCGAACGGAUACGAGGGCCGAAGUGGAAGAAGCCUGAUCCCUCAGAACUCGAACUCUCUUCGCCAGAGAGGACCAUCCUAACACCGGUGUUGAACAAGACAAGACCUCAGGCUGAUCAACUCUCGGAAACCCAAUUUUCAGAUGACAAUGAUGCGGAAAUGAGGGCCGCAUUAGCGGCUUCACUAGACAUAUUCGAACAAGAUUCACCAGAGAGGACCACCCCACCGACGUUAAACAAUACAAACCCCCAGGCCGACCAUUUUUCAGAUAACGAGGACGAGGAUAUGAGGGCUGCAUUAGCGGCUUCACUCGACGCAUUCGAACAAGAUCAAACUAUAAGAAAUGCUCUCCAACCAUGUACUUCGAGCGCAUCCAGCUCUCGGCCUGCUGUGCAGUCUCUUCAACUACAGCAACCUUGCUCGGAGAAUGUUUCGUUUGAAUUUGAGGAUAUUCCCGAGGACGCGUUUGACUCAUCUCCAUUGUCUCCAAUAACACAGCCGGUUCAGCGGACCCCAUUUCAAACUACUGCGAACCAGGCCAGGGCUCUUCGACAAAGCACUCUCUUCGGCAUGAUUGCACGGAACCCAAACUUAUCAUCACAGCAAGAACAAAAUCGAUUACCGUCAGAGAGGAACGAACCGCCAACCCACCAUAAAUUAAACCAUGAUGAACUCAACACGUGGUGGUACCCUACAAAUAUCGGUUCCAUCCGAGACUAUCAAUUUAACAUCACCCAGACUGGUCUUUUCCACAACUUACUGGUUGCUUUGCCGACUGGUCUAGGAAAAACCUUCAUCGCUGCAGCAGUCAUGUUGAAUUGGUUUCGAUGGACGAAGGAUGCACAGAUUAUCUUUGUAGCGCCAACAAAGCCUUUGGUCUCACAACAGGUUUCGGCAUGUUUGGAGAUUGCUGGAAUUCCUCGUUCAGAGACAACUAUGCUUACUGGCGGAGCAGCACCUGGUUUACGUGCGCUAGAGUGGCAGAGCAAGCGAGUAUUUUUCAUGACACCGCAGACACUGAUCAACGACCUUAAGACCGGAAUUGCCGAUCCCAAACGUAUUAUAUUGGUUGUUGUUGAUGAAGCGCAUCGAGCCACUGGAGGAUACGCUUAUGUCGAAGUUGUCAGUUUCUUGCGGCGAUUCAACAACAGUUUCCGUGUUCUCGCACUGACAGCUACUCCUGGAUCAACCGUAGAAUCAGUGCAGGCUGUCGUCGACGGAUUGAAUAUCUCACGAGUUGAGAUUCGUACAGAACAUUCCAUUGAUAUCCGAGAAUACGUACAUUCUCGAAACAUCGAGAUUGAGACAUUCGAAAACUCAGAGGAAAUGACGUUCUGCUUGGAUCUAAUGUCUACAGCUCUACAACCUCUGGUGGACCAGCUUCGAACGAUGAAUGCAUACUGGGGAAAAGAUCCUUUGAUGUUGACGGCGUUCGGUCUCACGAAAGCGCGACAGCAAUGGAUGGGCUCCGACGCUGGACGAAGUGCCGGUUUUGGUCUCAAGGGGAUGGUGAAUGCUAUUUUCACCGUUCUUGCAAGUUUGGCGCACUCCAUCGACCUGUUGAAGUACCAUGGAAUCACGCCAUUCUAUCGCCAUUUAAUGCAUUUCAAAUCAAAUAUGGAGAGUCAGAAGGGCGGGGGCGGGAAAUAUCAGAAGCAAGUCGUGCAAAAUGAAAGCUUCAAGAAGCUCUGCAACCACCUGGGCCCUUGGACUAAGAACCCAGAAUUCAUCGGCCAUCCCAAACUGGAGUACUUGAAGUCCGUCAUUCUGAACCACUUCAUGGACGCGGGCGAAGGACAAGAUAAUGCCGACAAUGCUCAGUCAUCUACUCGGGUGAUGAUCUUCGUUCAUUUCCGUGACAGCGCUGAAGAAGUGGUGCGAGUUCUGAAGCGAUAUGGCCCAAUGAUCCGGCCACAUAUCUUCGUGGGCCAGAGCAGUGCCAAGGGAUCUGAGGGUAUGAACCAAAAGACCCAGCUUCAAAUUAUCAAGGAAUUCAAGACAGGAACCUACAAUACGAUUGUGGCCACUUCGAUCGGUGAAGAAGGUCUGGAUAUUGGUGAGGUGGACCGGAUUGUUUGUUACGACUCUUCCGCAUCACCCAUCCGAAUGCUCCAACGAAUGGGUCGAACGGGUCGUAAGAGAGCAGGAAAUAUCACUCUUCUGCUAAUGAAGGGCAAAGAGGAAGAAUCAUACGCAAAGGCGAAGGACAACUACGAGAAAAUGCAGGAAAUGAUCGCCAGCGGCACCCGAUUUACCUUUCACGAUGACCGAUCUCCUCGUAUUCUCCCUGCUGGUAUACGCCCAGUCGUUGAGAAGCGGAUAAUCGACAUUCCCCCAGAGAACUCCCAAGCAGAUCUUCCCGAGCCCAAGCGCAAGGGCCGAGUGCCCAAGCGACCACCGAAGAAGUUCCAAAUGCCAGAUGAUGUGGAAACAGGCUUCACUCGGGCUUCAAUUCUGGGGGACGACGUAUCACACAAGACGAAGGCGAAGCCAAAGAAGACCGAUACGAAGAAGGCUGAUCCAAAGAAAGCUGAUCCAAAGAAGACCGAUACGAAGAAGGCUGAUCCAAAGAAGGCUGAUCCAAAGAAGGUUGAUUCAAAGAAGGCCGAACAAACGAAAGCCGAGCGAAAGAAGAUUGCCACGCCAAAAAUCCCAUCUCACGCCCCUUCACCUGAUCUGGUAGAUAUCCCACCUAAGCAGGUUGCUCUCACUCCAAAGAUGCAGAAGUUCUACGAAGAAUCUUGGCAGAGUUAUCAGGCGACUGCACCAGCUGAAGCUAGUGUUGUAGCCACUAUGCAGAGAUCAGCCAGGCCUACGAAGAAGAUACCGCAUGGGUCAUUAACGAACCGCAUGCUUUCAACAUUCAACAAGUUCAAAGAGCACAAGUCUGGGGAUGGCUAUCACUUUGAAGACAUCCUGGCAUCUCACGACUCCGCUUUUGAGUUUUGA